ACUGGUUGAGCCUCAGAAGGGCAUGAACUGCUCUGAAAAGGCAAACUUAUGAGAGACUGUUUUCAGAAAGUGGCCAUCACUGCUGCACUUGCAAUGAACAAGAAGCAUUUCCAAAGAGCUCAAGAUGACUUGGAAGCAAAGACCAAACUGAAGACCCUUCAUUAUCCCUUGCUGCCUGCAGCAUAGCAUGAUCCUGCUAAACCAAUCAGGAUAUUGCUAAGGCCUUGAACGAGUUGCUUUCGUGCCAUUUGCUGUGAAAGUGACAUGUUAUGAUAUAAAAGAGCAAUAUGAGACUUUGCCUCAGUAUUGCAAGUGACUCUUAAAGGGACAUAUAUUAAUGCAGGAAAAUUCCUGUCUCUGGAGCCUUGCCAGUGCUUCUUAGCAGAUGAAUAAGUAACAGAUGGAGUGAAAUUAUAGCCUGCCUGCUAUUUCCCCCAACUUCCCUGAACUCUCUUCAACUGGAAUGAUUUCAUGGAGACCUUAAACUGCUAGAUUUUAAUCUUGUCUUACCCAAAACCUUUAAUCUUGUUUUACCCAAAAUGGAAAAGUAUCUGAAGAAUAUUCUUGUUGUCUCAUUUGGAUUCUUGCUUCUGUUUACUGCUUAUGGAGGGCUCCAGAGCCUACAGAGCAGUCUCCACUCCGAAGAAGGCCUGGGUGUUGCCUCUCUGAGUGUUAUCUACGGAGCUCUUAUCCUGUCUUCCAUGUUCCUUCCACCAAUCCUCAUUAAGAAAUUUGGGUGCAAGUGGACCAUUGUCGGCUCCAUGUGCUGUUAUAUUACAUUCUCCUUGGGCAACUUCUAUGCCAGCUGGUACACACUGAUCCCAACAUCUAUGAUCCUGGGUCUGGGAGGAGCACCUCUCUGGUCUGCUAAAUGUACAUAUCUCACCAUUGCUGGGAACUCGUAUGCCCAGAAAGCAGGAAAAAUUGGAAAAGAUGUGAUCAACCAGUAUUUUGGAAUCUUCUUUCUGAUAUUCCAGUCUUCUGGAGUCUGGGGAAAUCUUAUAUCAUCCUUAGUGUUCGGCCAGUCACCUAACAGAACGGAAAUCUCAGAAGCAGAUCUGGCAUGCUGUGGUGCAUAUGACUGUGUGAACACACAGACUGGAAAUGAUACUGGUGCUUCGAACAAACCAAGCAAUACCUUAAUCUACACUCUACUUGGAAUUUACACAGGUAGUGGAGUGCUAGCAGUGUUGCUAGUCACUAUAUUCCUGGAUCAGAUCACAGCCAACAAAGAUGAGAGCAAAGAAGAAAAAACGCCAUCGUUCUGUUCCACUUUCUUGGCAACACUCCAGCAUCUUAAAGAUGGACGCCAGUGCCUUCUGAUUCCUUUGACCAUGUACAGUGGAUUUGAACAAGGAUUCCUUGCUGGUGACUACACCAAGUCCUAUGUGACCUGUGCCCUUGGGAUAAAUUUUGUUGGCUAUGUGAUGAUCUGCUUCUCAGCUGCAAAUUCGCUCUGCUCAAUGCUCUUUGGGAAGAUUUCCCAGUUCACAGGCAGAACAGUUCUAUUUGUACUUGCGACAAUUAUUAAUCUUGCCUGCAUAAUAACACUACUGCUUUGGAAACCUCGCCAAGAGCAUUUUGCUGUGUUCUUCGUAUUACCUGCACUCUGGGGUGUUUCUGAUGCUGUUUGGCAGACACAAACCAAUGCUCUCUAUGGAGUUUUAUUUGAAAAGCACAAGGAAGCAGCAUUUGCUAAUUAUCGCCUGUGGGAAUCAUUAGGAUUUGUCAUCGCCUUUGGCUAUAGCACUUUCUUACAAGUCUACAUCAAAUUAUACAUCGUUUUGGCUGUGCUGCUAGUGGCCAUUGUCUUAUAUGGAAUCGUUGAGUACCUGGAAUAUAAGACUUCUCAAAUGUCCAACACUACCAAUAAGGAGCCAAUCAAAUUCUCACAAGAUGUUCAGCAAUCAAAAAUGUAAGGCACAAUAUUGUUCCACUAAUAAACCCAAUUUUGGCUACCAGUGAUAGUGCUGACAUCAAUAGGAGCAAUGCACAACAGGACUGGGGACCGGGGGAGGUUUUUCUAGAGGCUUGACACUGAGGAAAACCAGAAGGGAACCAGUCUCACAAUGGGUGCAAUAAUACAAGCUGCUUUUUUCAAAAGAUUUUAAAUAUUUCAGACUUUUCUCAUGCAGAGUUCACCGUCCUGCUACUCAUGACAAAAUUGUAUUUGUGUGCUUUUUUAAUCUUUAGGGAAAUUCAAUAAACUUUUUCUGCCACUUG